CUCUAUUCAGUUCAUCAUGAAAUCCCACGUCCUCAUCCUCUGCACUGGAAAUUCCUGCCGCAGCCACAUGGCUGAAGGCAUCCUCCGUGCCGCCGCCGGCAACCUCAUCGACGUGCACAGCGCGGGUUCGAACCCCGCCGGCUUUGUCCACCCUAAGGCGAUCGAGGUGCUGGAGGAGAUCGGCAUCGACAUUUCCGCCCACACAUCGAAGCACAUGAACACAUUUCUCGACCGCCAGAUUGCGACCGUCAUCACUGUCUGUGGCAACGCCGACCAGGUGUGCCCCAUCUUUCCCGGGCAGUUGAAUCGCCAUCACUGGGGCUUCGAUGAUCCCGCCCACGCCAUAGGCAGUGAGGAGCAGGUGCUGGAGGAGUUCCGCCGCGUCCGGGACGAGAUACGCAAGGUGUUUGAAGCAUACGCCGCCGGGCUGCGCGAAGGCGCAAGCGCCAAAGACUGA